AAUACACAUGCGCAUGCAGACGAAGUAUUUUAUGAAACCCAAAAGGUGCAAUGAGUAUCAACGACUUUUUCAAGUCUUUCUUCGGUUUUAAUAGGACACAAGAGCAUCAUCCAUUUUCAAGAGAAAAUAUUUGGGAUGAGGAUGGUAACGACGAGGAAGAUGAUCAUGGAAUGUUCUUCUUUCACUUUGAUUUAAACCGUCAGAUGGAGAGCAUGCAAAGAGAAAUGGAGGAUAUGUUUCGAAAUUUUGGUGCUGUAGAAUUUUUCCCAGGUUCACAGCAUCCUGAGGUAAGAAAUCCGCAAAAUCCAAGAGAUCUGAUGUUAAAAGGCAAUGAACACAAAGAGGAAAUUUUCAUGCAACCUCGUCAACCAUUUGCACCAGAGUCAAGAACCCAGCAAAAUCCAAGAGAUCAAAUGUUAAAAGACAAUGAAGAGAAAAAAGAAUCAAAGCCAUAUUUCAUACAACCAUUCACUCCUUUCCGAUCUCCAUUCAGUCCGAGAUUACCUGCAACAGAAAAGAGAGAAGACUCAGAUGUGGAUGGAAAGCUUGGAGUAGAUGAUGUUGCGAAACUCUUUGAUAGUCCAAAGUCACAGCCAGAGUUCAGAAUGGAACAACCUAAAACAUAUUCCUAUAACCGAAGCUUUUCAUUUACAACAUCAAGAGGUCCAGAUGGGAGAGUAGAACAAAGGAAGACAGUAAGAGAUGGAGAUGGGAACGAGGAAGUGACAGUUACAAGAUCUAUAGGAGACCAGUCACAUUCUUUCACUAUAAAGAAAGAUAAAUCUGGUGUUGAGGAAAAGAUUGAAAAUUUUAAAAAUAUGGACGAAAAGGAUAUGAAUAAAUUCAACAGAACUUGGAAAUCUCAGCAACAACCAUCAUUACCAGAAUCUAAAGGAGAUCAAAUGAUCAGAGACAACCAUCCAGAUUUAAGAGACAAUAUCCCAGUGAUUAAAGACAGUACAGAUGCAUCAUUGUUCCAUAAAUUCUUUAAUGGUUGGUUUAAACCAAAGAAGACCUGAAACUCUGUUAAAUCUGUCCAUUUCUAAAUGGAAACAGAAAUGUAAAAUUCUCAAGUGACUUGUUUGUUUUAUGUACAUGCUGUUUCAUAUUUUACAUAAACCAUUGUCUUUCAGUUUUUAUUUGCAAAUGAAUGGUAACAGAUAUGUUUUUUUAUUUUUGUUUGAUUUAACUUCUCAUAACCAAAGAAGAUGCUUAAGACUCAUAGUGAGCAUGUUUAAUAUAAGUGCUGACACUUUAGGGUAACUUUUGGAAAAUAAUAAAAUUCAUUGUAUCAAUA